AUGGGAGAUGAAAAUGUUACCAAUGAGAAGUUCGAAAUUGAUGUAAAUCGAGAAUUUUUCUCAACCAAUGAAAGAAUUCCUAGUGAAGGAAUUAAAGAACAAUCUUCCAAUGAAUUGUAUUCUACUCAAGGAAUCAAUUUAAAAGAGUUAUCAUCUCAAGAAGGUUAUUUCAAGGAAGAAUCAUUCAACGAAGAUACUUUCAAAGAGGAAUCCUCUCAGGAAUCUUCCAAUGAUGACAUCAUCCAAGAAUUUUCUUUCGAGGAAGAGCUCUUUCGAGAGAAAUCAACUAAAGAAGAGGGAUCCAGUAUACGAUCAAGUACAAUUUUCCCUUCAUCCCGUUCUUCUUCGCUUUAUAUGGCAGAGUUCGUGCAAACAUCUUGUGAAAGCAUAAACUCUAGCAUCAAUGAAACAUUGUCACCAUUGAAAACUUCCAAUUUAAGAUGUAUUAAUAUUGAUACUAAAAAUAAUAGUAUGAGUGAAAAAAGUUCGAAUAUUUUUGAGAUAUUACAAGAAAUUAAACCGGAUAGUUUUCAUUUUAGGGCGAGAUCAUCGUCAUUGUUGUCAUCAUCAUUUAAUCAUAAUCCGUUGUUUCGUCCUCAUCGUCAUUCCUCUUAUACUCCCCCAAGACGUUAUUCCGAUUUCAGAAGAUAUUCUUUACCUGAUUAUUACAAUUUUCCUACAAGUUUAAAAUUACCUCGUUUAAUAACAAAUGAUUCCAUUCAUGAGCAAAAUACGAGCAACUCGGUAAGUGGUAAUAAUAAUAAUAACGAACCUCUUGCUAAUCAUAAUAUUAUUACCGAUUUGGUUGAAGAAAAUAAUGAAAGAAUAUUGUAUGGUAAAUAUUUCUUUUGGUUUGGGUUUUUAUUUAUGCCGGUUUGGUGGUUAGGCAGUUUUUACUUACCUAAACCCACCAUUCCCGAAGAUUACAAGUGGAGAAAAUGUUGUAGAAAAGCAAGUAUCUGGGGUUUUGUUGCUUUAGUCAUCAUUGGCAUUUUCGCAAUUAUAGUUGAUCAAUGGUUUAAAUUAAAUCUAUUAAAUCUGGUUUAA